AUGCAGUCUCACUUGUCGAGACGUGUCUUCCGUGCGAUUCUCAACAACGAACCGCUUCAUUUCUCGAGAUGCCGCCGAACACAACUGCUGCAUACUAUCUCUCCUGCUCGAGUGCGGCCGUCUCUCCUAAACCUGAAUAAUGUUUCGCGCCGAACGCUGUUUGCCUUUAAUCUCGACCUCAGUUCAGGGGCUGGUCCAGCCGUCUUACCCACCGAGAGGGGCCUGAAGCCGAUGAGUGAUUUGAAACGUUCGCUUCAGGAUAGAAGUAGACCUCCUCCGAACUUCACCCUUGCGAAAGCAUUCCAGUCGUUCUUUACUACUAGAGUGGAAGCUCCAGGAUCAAUCAAUCUUUUCGAGGCACGGUUGCUAUCCAUCACAUGGAAGCAUAUGAAGGCACAGCAAGCUGAGCUCGACGAUAAGGAGUGGGACACUAUGUUUUCGAUUGAAAGCUUGGAAAGAAUGCUAUAUGUGUUCUCUGAGUCAGAAAUUCUUCCGGAAGCGCGGGAUACUACCCUCAAGGUCGCCCGCUUCGCCUAUAAUGAGCUUUGCACUGAUCAUGGAUUCGGUGCCAACAGCAUCAGCCGACCUGCUCUCCUCAUAUACAUCAACCUCCUGUCAAUCAACGGCUGUCCAGAGGAGGCUCGGCAUACGAUCAUAAGAUUUGGUGGACAAAUGCGUGGGGCAAAGCCGUCUCCUUGGUUGACGGUCUUGAAGGGAUUUGCCUUGAAAGACGACAGACGUCAAAUGCGUAAAGUUACGCAGGAGCUGGGAGAAUAUGGCGUGAAAUUCGAUCAAGAGUCCCAAAAAGAGCUGAUUGAUAUUCUUGUCGCCCAGGGCCUAUUCAAGGCGGUCCAGACUGUUUAUGAGUGUCCUAUCGUCGGCCAACACGAGCCCGCUGUCGCCGCCAAGGUUGCUGCCAUCAAGUUUGCAAUUCUGAAGUCGGACCUUAAGUGGGCAAAGCCCGUGUUUGAGUCUCUCCCCCACAACACCACCCCUGAAACCGCAGGUAUCACUCUGCUAUGGGAGGCUGCACAAGGCAAUGAUGCUACAUCCCUCGCCGACAUUAUCAAGCUUUGGUCUUCAACAAGUCCUCAGCUCAAAGAAGCACUGAAAAUCACCGACUUCAAUAGUCUCAUUGAAUAUGCCAAUGCCGUGCAAUGCCCGGAAUUGGCUAUGGAUGUUCAAAUGCUGGCUGAGAAAUCUGGAUUCAUUCCAAACGAGCAGACCUAUCUGCUUCAACUGGAGUCUGCCGUCAAAUCUGGCGACGUGACACGUACUCUGGGAAUCCUGGAACACCAUGUCGACCCAUCCACGCUCACUGGUGAUAACCUACCCCUUGCCAACCAACUCAUUGUGAUGCUUUGUUCCUCGCCGCAAAGAGACACACUCUUCGAGAAAAUUUCCGCUCUCCUUGAUCCCCUUUUCCAAGAAAAUGUGCGUCUGGAACCGCGAACUGUCGCAGAGCUUACUCGCAUGCUACUUUAUCGCCACGAAUUUGAUGCUGUCUCCGAGCUCCUUCGCCCGCGUCUGGGAACCUACGAUAGUGAAGGGAAGACCUUGAUUCGCACCGCCUUCACUGACUUCGUCAUGGAUCCCAGCCAGGAAGAUGACCAUGUGUGGGAAAUAUACGAACUUUUUAAAAUGGCAUUCCCCGAGGCUGGUGUGAGUAUCCGCACGGAGAUUAUGUCUUCCUUCUUUGAGCGAAACCGAAGCGAUCUCGCAGCUUUGGUUUUCGGGCACAUGCGCCAGGCUGAAGACUUGACGCGCCGGCCUAAGCCGGAUACGUAUGCCAGAUGUCUCCAGGGCAUCGCACGCGCCGCUGAUGCGACCAAUCUCGAGCUCGUGCAUAACAUGCUCAAGCUGGAUUUGGAAGUUGAAGCCAACACGCGAAUCAUGAACGGGUUGAUGCUGGCAUACACAGAAUGCGAGAUGCCGGAGAAGAGUAUGGAGAUUUUCAAAGAAAUUCUUCGAUCCGACGAAGGACCUUCACACAAGACCCUGGCGAUUUUUUUCAAGGCAUGCGGAAGGCAUAGUGAUGGCGCCCACGAGGCCAUCAAAAUGCUCAAGAAGAUCAAGAAGCUCGACAUCGACCUUGACCGUCGCCUCUAUAGCUCGUAUAUUGAGGCACUGGCUGCUCAGUGUGAGUUUGAUUUAGCCACUGAGGCCAUUGAUAAAAUGCAAGCCGAAACCGGGGUGCCUCCCACUAGCACAACGAUUGGUUUGUUCUAUAAUGCUUCCCCAUUCAAUUAUUGGAAAGACAAGGUCGAGCAGUGGGCGCUCGAGAAAUACCCUGAUCUGUGGGCGCAUUUGUCUGAGACAAACCUCACUGUUCAUGACGAGGGCCCGAAAUUUGAUGGCAUCGUCAAUGAGACAUGGGUAUAA